CAAUGAACAACAAAACAUAACAAAACAAAACCCAGCCACCUCUCUGGUGCGACGAUGACGUCAGUGGCCGUGGCGGUUAACGGCGGCGACGGAAACGGAAGCCGACGCGCUGUGAAGUGGGCGGUGAAGAAUCUGAUGCCCACAGCCGAGCGCUUCGUGUUGGUCCACGUCAUGCCCAGAAUCACUUCAAUUCCAACACCAUCAGGAGAUCGCAUCCCGGUGACGGAGCUGGACGCGGGUGUGGUGGGGAUGUAUGUGAAGGACAUGAAGGACAAGUACGAGGAGGAGGUUUUUACUCCUUUGAAGAAGCUAUGCAAGUCAAACAAGGUGGAAAAAUUGGUAUUGGAGGAUGAGGUUCCUGCAAAUGGGAUUCUAAGUUUUAUAUCUCAGUCUGAUAUCAAUUGUUUAGUUUUGGGUUCUAGCAGUUCUAAUUACAUAACCAGGAAACUGAAAGGACCAGACGUACCAACAGCUGUUCUGAAAUGUGCUCCUGAGAGUUGUGAUAUUCAUGUUGUGUCGAAACAAAAAGUUGUCACAAAAUCAGCUAGUCCCUCAUUAGUUUGCGAGACUAGUACUGCUAAUGAGCUGUCUACUCAAGGAGAAGAUGAGGGAUAUUCCAGAGAAGUUGGCAAACGGAUAACUGGAAGUCGUUCUUCCUACGUAGAUUCCACUGUUCAUGAAGGUUAUGGAGCACCGUCAAUGUCCGACCUUAGUUUUCUAAGUUCUGAAGCUUUUACACGUACGGAAUUUCCUGCAAGUGCUAGUGUGGAUCAGGAAAGGAAUUAUCAGAACUCAGAAGAGAUUGAGCAGAUUGAAGUGGAACAGUUGCGUGCAGAACUGCAGAAUACUCUUGGCAUGUACAAACGAGCUUGUGAAGAGCUGGUACAUGCCCAAAGCAAGGUUCAACUACUUUCUUUUGAAUGUCUUGAAGAAGCAAGAAGAGUGAAUGCUGCUCUUGAGAGUGAGGAAAAUUUGAGAAUGAUUGCUGCUGAAGACGCAGCAAAGCAUCUGCAGGCCAGGAAAGAGAUUGAGGAGGCAAAAGUUCAGCUCGCUAAGGAGGCUUAUGAGAGGCAAGUUGCUGAGUUAAUUGCCCUGAAAGAGUCAACAGGGAAGAAGGAAUGUGUUGAUGCUCUCUUCUCAAGUGACAAUAGGUACAGAAAAUACAGUAGGAAGGAAAUAGAGGUAGCAACAAACUUCCUUUCAGAGACUAAUGUGAUUGGUGAAGGAGGGUAUGGGAAAGUUUACAAGUGCAGUCUUGAUCAAACCCCGGUAGCUGUUAAGGUUCUUCAGCCUGAUGCAGUCGAGAAGAAAGAGGAGUUUCUGAAAGAGGUUGAAAUUCUUAGUCAGCUACACCAUCCUAACAUAGUUCUGCUUCUUGGAGCCUGUCCAGAGAUCGGUUGUCUGGUGUAUGAGUACUUGGAAAAUGGGAACUUGGAAGAUUAUAUCUCACACCACCGGAAUGGAAAACCAUCUCUCCCUUGGACUGUUAGGUUCAGGAUCAUUUUUGAAGUAGCAUGUGGGCUGGCAUUCUUACACAACUCAAAGGCAGUCCCAAUUGUGCAUCGAGAUCUAAAACCGGGUAAUAUAUUACUAGACAGAAACUACUUGAGCAAGAUUGGGGACGUUGGGCUGGCUAAACUCAUUACAGACAUUGUGCCUGAUAAUAUAACGGAGUACAGAGAAUCAAUUAUUGCUGGUACACUCUUUUACAUGGAUCCAGAGUAUCAGAGAACUGGCACAUUUAGACCCAAAUCAGAUUUGUAUGCUUUUGGGGUCAUUAUCCUCCAACUAUUGACAGCACGGCACCCCAAUAGGCUUAUAUACAUUGUGGAAAAUGCAAUUGCAAAUGGUUAUUUUGCUGACUUCUUAGAUGAGUCAGUCACAGAUUGGCCACUAGAUGAAACAGAGGAGUUGGCUGAACUUGCAUUAAGGUGUUCAAAGCUUAGAUGCAGGGAUAGACCGGAUCUUGAAACUGAAGUUUUGCCUGUUCUCAAAAGACUGGUCGAUAUUGCAGAUUCUAGUUCUAAGAUUGAGAGAAACCAUGAUGAUGCACCAAGCCACUACUAUUGUCCGAUACUUCAGGAAAUUAUGGAUGAUCCCCACAUUUCAGCUGAUGGCUUUACCUACGAGUACAGAGCAAUCAAAGCAUGGCUUGACAAACACAAUGUAUCCCCAGUUACAAGGCUUAGACUUCACCAUUCUGAACUAACUCCUAACCAUACAUUGCGCUCAGCUAUACAGGAAUGGAGGUCCUCAAGCGUAUGUGGAUAGAUGAUUUGAU